AUGUCGCGCAAAUCCACUGAAAAUUCCAAUGCAAGUUUGCUAAAAUUCUUUUCACCUGUUCGGAAAGAAGCCACCAAGAAUGACAAGCCAGGUAAGCCAUCACGCGACUAUCUUGCAUUUUAUCAAUAUUCAUCUAUUUUUCGUCUUUUAAUCCAACUUAACGGAUUGUCACCGAAUUUUGCUGAAAUGGUAUUUGAAAACACGCGCAAUAACGAUUCGAAUUCGGAAAAUCCGAUAUGUAAUCCUUCAAUACCACAAAAAACAAAAGAGUCUGAGAAAUAUAUCAGGGAAUUUUUAUCAACUGUGCGACCGGAGCUUCUUAAAAAACGUGGUAUGAAAGCACUGGCGUCGGCUAAAGAAUUAAUUCUGCAAACAACAAAACAACAUGAACCUCACAAAAUGGAUAUUGAUGAUGAUAAUAAUAAUGGAUGUGAAAAGUGUAGUUUCAUAUCUAUGGCAGACAUGGCUGUAGAGGAUCUAUCAUCAUUAUUUGGAGACGACAAAAAAAUUUGGAUGAAAUUGCUGCAAUUUGAAGAAAAUUAUCGUCCUCCAUAUUACGGUACUUGGACGAAGUCGAGCAAGAUUAUUUCAGGCAGACGCCCAUUUGCCAAGGACACUAGUAUCAUGGAUUAUGAAUAUGAUAGUGAUAUGGAAUGGGAAGAAGAGGAAGAAGGUGAAGAAUUAAAAAGUGACGACGAUGAUGAUGAUGAUCCAGAAGAUGAAGACCCUGGACCCAGAGUAAUUGAACCAUUCCGUCCAUUAGUUAUCGGUCCCAUAUUAGAGGAAAAUCUCGGUGAUAGUAAUCACCAAUUAGUUGAAUAUAGUACUAAAUUCUUAAAUGAUUCGAACAUUGAAGAUACUCAUGAUAAAGAACAUUCACCUAAUAAAUCUCGGAGCAAAGGAAAGUCAAAUCAAAAGAACAAAGAUCAAGCUAAAAUUGAACUUUUAUCAAUCGCAAUCAUUACUUCUUUGAUGUUAACGAUGUCUUCGGAACAAUCCAACAACCCGGUUAAUUCCCAAAACUUUGAUGAAAUUGAUUUCAAUAACGAGUCUUUUGAGCAAAUAGAAGACACUGAUACACUUCAUAUUAUGGAUAAUCAAACUGUGUCAUUAGGAAAAUUUGGUACUUUUCAUACAAAUGAUAUAAUAGGGAAACCUUUUGGUCAUUCUUACGAAAUUUAUGACCGGGAUAAAAUCACUCUAGAUUUAGAUGAAUCUGAUGCAAAUAAUCAGCAAACAAUUGAUGACCCAUCUAAACAAAAGUUAUCCUAUCAGGAUAUCGAACAAUUAAAAAAGGACGGAAUAGAAGGACAGGAUAUUAUCAAGAAAGUAAUCGAAAGCCAUUCAUCAUUUGAUAAAAAAACCGAAUACUCUAAAGCGAAAUAUAUUAAACGAAAAGAAUCAAA